AUGAGAACUAAGGAUGCCAAGUCUUGUCUUGAUUACCUUCGGAGKGGACUGACUCAGAACGGCAUCUAYGACRUCACAMACAGGAGUGGGGUUACAUAUAAAGUCUGGUKUGAUCUCAGCUCAGAGCCUGGWUCUGCAUGGACUCUUAUCCUCUCGUAUGCCCACAAGAACAGACACGACGAGGAAUUCUGUACGGCUUCUUUUACCACAGACAAAGCAAGGCAGRUYAAUAAYCCAAACUGGGAAAACUAUCGUCUAUCUUUURAUCGGAUGAAAUCCAUUUCAGACCAAUCAACACAUGUCAGAGUGACGUCAAGUUUUCCUGUUYAUGGUGUCGAUUAUCGAGACUACUUGAGAGCCAAGAYUUCAAGUGUAGACAUCUUGAGUUUYACUGGKRCUGRAGUCUGUAAGACUGUAGARUACAUUGACAUCYGAGGCAUCAAGGGAAAAGAUAUCACAGUGCCAUUCUGGCAGAAAAUCGGUAGACGUAGUUUUUCAUUAUUUCRCACCGACAGUUCUGUUAGCCCCUGCCAGUAURAUGCYACCARUGGAUCAGUWAACAGYGAAAACARUUUUGGCACAACGUGCCAUGCAAAUUCAUUUAACCCARCGACYCGWGGAAGCGCGAAUGACGACAGCACGAUUCAAUACUGGUUUGGUGGAUAUUUAUAA